AUGUCUACGACAACAACAACAACAUCGCUGUUUACAGCGAACACCGAACUUAAUAACAGCCUCAUGCAGCCUCACAACAGCAACAACAACUCGUCCACGAUUAACAGCAACAGUUCUCUAUUCGAGAAUGAUAACGAAGUCCUGCAAACCAUUGAAUACAUUGGCAAUGUCCUGUGCUUCUACUAUGUACCGAUUAUUGUCGGCACCGGCACCAUCGGUAACAUCCUCUCGGUUGUUGUCUUCUUCAAAACGAAGCUACGCAAAUUAUCGUCGAGUUACUAUUUGGCCGCACUGGCUGUCAGCGAUACUUGUUUCCUGUUCGGCCUGUUUAUCCAGUGGCUGAACUUCAUGGACGUGCACAUCUAUAAUCGUGAAUAUUUCUGUCAGUUCUUUACGUUCUUCAGCAAUCUGGCCUGUUUCUGUUCGGUGUGGUUUGUGGUCGCAUUUACUGUGGAGCGCUUCAUUGCGGUCAUGUAUCCCUUAAAGCGUCAGACAAUGUGCACAGUUCGGCGAGCGAAAAUGGUUCUGUUGGGCCUAACGUUAUUGGGUUGUCUGCAUUGUGCUCCCUUUUGGAUCUCGUCGACGCCGGUUUAUUUGCCGAAAUUGGAGAUUACAAUAUGCGAUAUUAAAAAUGAAUAUAAGGAUUACAUCACACUACUCAAUUACUGGGAUACGGUUGUUGUAUUUGCUGUCCCCUUUACAACCAUUGCCGUUUUGAAUACCUUUACGGGUUGUACAGUUUGGAAAUUUGCCACGGUUCGAAGAACUUUAACAAUGCAAAAAAAAACUCAUCAAUUGGCGAUGAUGCAUGACAUGACUGUUUCAACACCAUCAACAUCGACAGCAGUAGCAGUAUCGGCAACAUCAUCGAUGUCGACCUGUUCAAUUACGGUCAAUACAACACCGACUGCUGUAGUAGCAGCCUCCUGCUCCUCCUCCUCCUCGUCAGCAACACCAGUCUCAACUACGACAAUUGCAGCCAGGACAAAUGCAGGAUUAGAAACAUCUGGAUGUUGUGAAUCAACAUCAACAACAAACAAUACAGUGACAACAACAUAUCGUCUGUCAAAGGCCAGGACGAGCUCGUUGAAACGACAAAAAUCAAAUUCUUGUACGUCGAACAAUGCACACAUGAAUGGACAUGAUGAACAUAAUCAUCACUAUGGCCCCCAUCAUAUCACACAGCAUCCAAAUGUGGAACCACAACGCAGUAUUAUGAUAAAGCAUCACCAUCGAGCUCAUCACCAUCAGCAGCAGCUGCAACAGCAGCAGCAUCAACAACCAUCGAAAAGUAUUUCAGCUGGCGGCAAACGCCCCAGCAAUGGAAUUUAUUCUUUUACUUCGAAGAAAUCAGGAAGACGUAAUGCCACCAAUUCAUCCCAGUUGAAGGUAACAAAAAUGCUGCUGAUCGUCUCAACGGUGUUUGUGUGUCUCAAUCUGCCAAGUUGUAUAAUGAGGAUAAUAACUUAUAUUGAGACACAAUCAUCGACCAACGAGAAGACCACCGUAGUUCUACAAUAUAUUUUCCAUUUACUGUUCGUAACUAAUUUCGGAAUUAAUUUCGUAUUAUAUUGUGUGAGUGGACAAAAUUUCAGGAAGGCUGUGCUGAGCAUGUUUCGGCGGGUAUCCACUACCCAAAGGGAUGGCACAACACAAAUAACAGUUUCGGAAUAUUAUCGCAACAGUGGUGGUGCUGGUGGUGGAGGAGGUGCUGGAGCUGCUAUAUCAAGGAGCGGUAGUUGCAUGAUUGCUGGCAACAAUGCUUCAACCCGACGCCGUAUGAUGACUCAUCAUCGAAGUCGAUUCAAUGAAGUCCACGAACUUCAACAAUUACAACUAGCAGAUAAAUAA